AUUAAUAAUUGAAGUGGAGAAGUGCAGUGAGUUGUAUGAUGCCCGGAACAUGUUGUAUAAAGACAACACCAAGGAGGACACAUGUUGGGACGCUGUUGCUUAAUGUUGGAGCAACAAGUAAGUAUAUGCUUUUAAUCUACUGGAUCAACGGGUGAUAUUAUUAGCGCUGCCCGGCGGUUCAGCGUCGCUUCAGUGUCCGGUGUGAACAGCCAAGCGCCGGCGAUGACGUGGUUGAUUACGUUACCGUUGAUCAUCUGUCCAUCAUCGUAUAAAGCCCGCCCUGACAAUCUGAUUGGUCCGGAUGAUUUCGAACCGGGCAUAAUUUCUCCCCAACGGAGCGACUCCAGACCGAACUUCCUGACCUCAAAUGUUGUGGGCGGGGCUAAAUUCGUCUGGCAUCCAGGCUAGUGAUAGACAGGCACGUGCAUAGCGGUUGAGACUACACUGUGAUGCUGUCGUUGCAUUUAAAUUUUGCACCAGAUACCAAAUUGCUUGAUGAUUUAUUGCUGUUUAUCUCCUGCUCCUUGUGCAUAUGUAACGCUAUUCCCCCCCCCACCCCCCACUCCUCCCUCUGAGCUCCUCCGCAGAUGACAGGGUGUGUUUCUUGUUGCUCCGCCUGGCCUGACUGUGAGGAAGUGUAAUCACAGAAACACCUAUGUGGGAGAGGGUCAAGGUCUCACUCUCUGUUUGUCUGGAGUAAGAAGCAGAGAAGUGGCUCUGUUUCAUGCCUGAUAAGGUAACACAGCUUCAAAUGAUAGCUAUUCACUCAACUCCUGAUAUUUAAAUAGCUUACCUCAUAUUGGUAGGGCUGAUAACCACAUAACCAUGACCAGGAGGAUGAGGCCAAACUUGUCUUAUUUAACGUUCACCUCUGGAAUGAUGGUUGGAUUUCAGCUCCUUCGCUUUCUAUUGGACCUGAACGUUUCACAAGAACAGGUCACAUAUUUUGAGAGGGGUGUGGAGCAUAAUGUCAGGCAGGAAGCAGAAAGACAACAACAUCAUCAAACAGCGAAUCACACAACACGCAUCUUAUGUUGGAUCAUGACGGGACCCAAGAACCUGGAAUCCAGAACCAAGCACAUCAAAGGCACGUGGGCAAAUCGCUGCAACAAAGUGCUGUACAUAAGUUCCGUCAAGACAGACUUCCCCACUGUGGGGCUAAAUGUCAGUGAAGGAAGGGAAAACUUGUACUGGAAGACCAUUCGAGCUUUUCAGUACAUCCAUCAGCACCACCUGGAAGAGGCAGACUGGUUCCUGAAAGCAGAUGAUGACACAUUUGUGAUAGUAGAGAACCUGCGCCACACCUUGUACAAAUAUGACACAGAGAAGCCGUUGUACUUUGGCAGAAGAUUUGCCCCUUUUAUUAGUCAAGGCUACAUGAGCGGAGGAGCAGGUUAUGUCCUUAGUAAGGAAGCACUGAGAAGAUUUGUCAAAGGUUUCAGCUCUGGGAAGUGUUCCCACGUCUCCAACAUCGAGGACAUGGCUUUGGGACUGUGCAUGGAGACCAUGAAGGUGGAGCCUGUAGACUCUAGAGAUGUAAAGGGAAGACAAACAUUUCAUGCUUACCCACCAGAAAUGCACCUGGUCAGACAAUUCCCUAGACCACGACCUUGGUAUUUGACUUAUGAAUACUACACUCCAUUCGAGGGUCCAGACUGCUGUUCAGAUUUUGCUGUGUCCUUUCAUUACAUUUCUGCUGUCCAGCUGUAUGUUUUGGACUACCUCACAUACCAUCUGCGGCCAUAUGGAUACAAAUACAGAUUUAAUCCGGAUAAAGAAAACAGAUCUCAACUCAUCAAAACCACGUAAAGUGUGGAUGUGUUUAUGAUAACCUAUGCACUAAUCGGACAAGCGGUUUCAGACAUUUCAGAACCAAGCUUAAUUUAUUUACCAAAAUGUUCUAUGAGAAUACUUUUAUAGCUUUUUAUGGUUAAAGACCUGUGGAUACUCAUCACGUCUUCCUACCGAGGUCGGAUGUCAAGUUUGAGUGGGUCUUUUUAAUACUUUGAAAUUAAGAAAUAAUAUUAACAAUCACAUUUUAAAAUGUUGCAUAUAAAGGUGUAUUUCUCCUAUUAUCAACCAUGUAUAUUAGUUAAAGCUACUGGGUUAGUACACAACCUGCCUAUCUAGCACUUACUGUUUACAACUGCUGCAUUUCUUUACCUGAUCACCUACACUUUGUCUUGUUGUAACAGAUAUAGUAUUUAGUACUUACUUCACACUCUCCUAAAGUACUGAGGUUUUAGUGUUGUCCCCCAGUUUUAUUUUUAGAAGAAAGUGUCUAAUGAGUAAAUGUAAUGUAUAGCUUAAUAGCAAGAGGGGUAAUCCACAGUAAUAUUGGUCAAUUAAUGCAGUAAAUGUAUCCAUGUGCAGAAAUAACUAACUGAUCUUAUGCAGAAAUAAAUAAACUGAAAAAUUGCAAACAAAAUUAUUUAUAAAGAAAAUAUGGGCACAUGGGCAGACUAACUGUAUCAUGUAUUGUUUUUUGUGUUAUUUUAUAUCAUCUGCUGACGUAACAAAAUAUAAAAACUUUUUAUGCUUUGAGUCCGAUCCUGCGUUAUUUUUAGAUUUUUGUUUGUGCACCAUAAACUGUAUGGUGUUCACACAGCAUUUAAUGGGUAUUGGUGGGGCAUUUAGCUAUGCUAAUAGGAGAAAGUGGCUCGCACUUUUAACUUACAAAGACAUGGCAUUCAUCAGUAUAAGAACACAGAUGCGAAUAAUUCUGCAGUUUAAGAACACGUCAUGAUUCUGAAUAAAUGUAAGAAAAUGUUUAAGAAGUUAUAAAUGAAUGAGGCCCAUGGUUUUCUGGCGUCAAAAAUGGGACAGAAGCGUUAAGGACUUAGGAAAGGAGAACCAUUGAGCAGAGAAAUUACUUCUCCCCCCUCACUCUUUGGGCCUCAUUCAACAGUAUCUUCUCUUGUGGUAUUAUAAGAAGCCUAAACUUCUAUGCUUGAUCAUGAUCGUGAUGGUGGAUCAUGGAUUUUGAUCAUGAUUGUGGAUGGUGAUCAUGGGUGGCAAUCCUGGUGGUGAAUCGUGAUGACAGCUGAUCGUUGAUCAUGAAUACAACAAGAUUGGUUCCUUUUGGCAAAUUUUUGUAUGUACAAAUUUAUGUUAGACACUGUCUUUUCUCAUCAAUUAUGUAAAUAAAUUGUUAUAGUUCUUUUAUUGAUGUGCUAAUGUACCUGGCAUCUAUUGCAUUUCUGUCGAAGCUGGAAGAGGGAUCACUCAAAUGUGUCUUUCAGUUUUCUAUGUUUUUCUUCCCUCUGUUAAAGCUUUAUUUUUGUAGUUUUUCUUGUUGCGGGUUAAGGACUGGGGAUGUCGCACCUUGUUAAGCCCUAUGAGACAAAAUGUAAUUUGUGAAUAUGGAUUAUACAAAUAAAAGUUGUUGGAAAACUGGGUGGAAGGAUACGGUAUGGGUCAGGAAAGAACCCAAUUAAAUUUGUUGCGGAUUCGGAUGAGGUGAUUACUACCUUCAUUUUUAGGUAGUAUUUCCUUCUACUGUUUAGAUAGAUAGAAAGAUAGAUGGAUGCUUUAUUAAUCCCAAGGGAUGUCGCACCUUGUGAGGCCCUUGUGAAAUUUUGAUCUGUGAAUAUAGGCUAUAGCAAUAAAAUUUGAUUGAUUGAUUGAAAACCCAUAAUCACUAAGCUUGUCGCAUGGAAUCUUUAGUGACAUACAUCUAUCUCUUCAUGACCUUGCAGUCUGUAUGAAAGAAUUAAGAGAUAGCGAGAGGCUACAGAUCAGUAGGAUUGACAGCAACUAACGGUCUGUACCGAAAGUCUAAAUUGUCUCAAUGUUGCACUUUGGUAACAGGUUUGUUGAAAUGUACAAGCUUUAAGAAAUCAUUUAUUUGAAAAGUUUAUUUUUAUUAAUAUUUUCUGAGUUCACUAUUCCUUCUGGUACAUUAACAGUGUUAA